UCCAAUAUGUCAGCCACCAUGGAAAAACACGUUCGCAUACGCGUUUUCUUCGAAAAUGCACACAAGGACCCAACAUGGCUAUUAGUUAAUAAUGAAUCUAUGUAUACCAUCAAAGAUUUAGAAAAUGAGAUCAGACAGAGAUAUUUUGGAAACACUACCCCAUUAGUGAUGUCACUAGAUGGUUGCGUUUUACCAAAAUCGGAAAGAACAGUUAUUUUGCGGGAUAAUGACCGCGUGGUUGUCAGUGAAAGUAGCCAUAAGGAAAGCCCAUCAUGUCUGUCUCUAACAACUCAGAGGAAAAGGACUGUAUCUGCAGAUUUAGAUAACUACCAUGAAACAGAAGAAAAUAAACUUACUCCCAGCACCCAAGACAAAUCUAAAAAGAUAAGCAAGAAGGAAAGCCUACCAGGUACAGUCAGGAAGGAAAAGAAAAGGGCCGAAUCAGCUGAUUUAUAUAGCAAAGAUGAAAUGGAGGAAAUUGAGCUUACUGCCAGCACACAAGACAAAAUUAAAAAUAGAAAAAAGAAAAGAAAAUUUGAUAAAUGUGAGAAAACAGCUUACAAAUGUAAACUGAAGAAAACUCUGAGAAAACAGAAAAAGAAAAACAUUCAAAUUGAUGAAACACAAGGAAGUCAGCUGUCAGUGAAUACCUUGUUUUCAAAAAAGAAUAAGAAAAAUCCUAAAAAGAAGAAAAGAAAAACAGAAAGUCCUGUGUGGAAUUUCAACAAAAAGAGCGAAAUAGAAUCAUUAACUCCAUUACAACAACAAAAACCUUCUAUCUCUACAGUAAUAACAAAUACUGUGCCACUUAAUUAUUCUGUAGAAACUGAAGUCGGUGUUACAAAGUCAGUGCCUUCUGCUAACAAAAACAGACAUGAAUCAUUAGGUAAGGGAAUGGAAAAGGAUGGAGUGUGGAAGGAUGAGAAAAUGCAGGAGGGUGAUGAGGAGGAAAAAGGUGUAAAAAAGCGUAGGAGACGAAGAAAGAGACAACAUAAAAUAAACAUGGAAGUAGAAGCAGGUGAACCAAACAACAAAAAGAAAAAGUAUUCUGACAACAAAAUACAGAAGCCAUUUCAUGCUAAACCAUUCAAAACAUCUAUUGAUAUUUAUGGUAGGAAGAACAACCAUAAAGUGUUUGAUGAGUCUGAGCCUGAGGAGGAUACACUCCCUGCUCAAGAAUCUUGGACUGUGAAGGAGGGCACAAAGACAGACGGCGGAGAGCAGAUGAAAUCAUUACAAGAAGCAAAGCAAAAAUUGUUAGAGAAAGUUGAACGAGAAUACAAAAGUGUGACAGAUAAUUCAGACAUACUUGAUAGACAUUUGCCAACUACCCAGCCUCUAAAUGAGACUGUACAGGAACUGGCAACUAACAAAGCUCCAUACCAGAAUGUACAGGAACCAUCUACUAAAAGACCUCCUCACAAGAUUGUAAAACUUCAACAGCCUCUCAUUGGGGAAGAACAGGAUGACACUGGUAUGUCAAGUGUACAGCUAAAGCUAUCAGCACUGGCUAAUGGUGUACCAGUGUACACCAGGCAAAGACAGAAAAGGUACUUCAAUGCCUCCCAGGGGAAGGAGCUGUCCAAAGAGCUACAACUCAACACCAGUCUCACCAACAAGUCUAUCAUAAUCACUAAUGACCAGCCCACUGCUGUACAGAAGCCAGUCCAGGAAUCAGUCUGUCUAGACGAGCCAAGACCUGCUUUCUCAAAGCCAGUUAUUCCAUCUCCUGCACAAGACUACACAAAGUUCCCUCCGCUACAGGGCACACCACGGCAGGGCGACAAAAUUGCUUACAAGGUCUUGGAACUUUCUGACAGCUACACACCAGAGGUGUCUAACUACAAGGAAGGUGUUGUCCUAAAUUUCUAUCAUGAUGCACAAUUGGUAGAAAUAGAUACAAAACAAGGAGGAUCAGAUUCCAGACCACAAGGGAAGUUUCAUCUUGACUAUAAUGAUGAAGAUAACCACCACAUAGAACCAAAGCAAUCAUUGCCUUGGGGGUCAUUAUUGGAAACAAGAUUACUUGACAUUGUGUAGAACACAAGAUGAUGAGCCAGGCUAUGUUGAUAUAGUCGGUAACUUGUACGGCGUUAUAAGACAGAACACAAGAUGGUGAGGCAGGCUGUGUUGUUAUCUGUUGUACAGCCUGUUAUAGACAGAACACAAGAUAGUGAGCCAGGCUGUGUUGAUACGUAAUGUACAGUGUGUUAUAGACAGAACACAAGAUAGUGAGCCUGGCUGUGUUGAUACGUAAUGUACAGUGUGUUAUGGACAGAACACAAGAUAGUGAGCCAGGCUGUGUUGAUACGUAAUGUACAUUGUGUUAUAGACAGAACACAAGAUAGUGAGCCAGGCUGUGUUGAUACUAAAUGUACAGUGUGUUAUAGACAGAACACAAGAUAGGGAGCCAGGCUAUCUUGAGACCUGUUGUACAGUGUGUUAUAGACAGAACACAAGAUGAUGAGCCAGGCUGUGUUGAUACCUAUUGUACAGUGUAUAAUGGACAGAACACAAAAUAGUGAUCCAGACUGUAUUGAGACCUGUUGUACAGUGUGUUAUAGACAGAACACAAGAUAGUGAGCCUGGCAGUGUUGAGACCUGUUGUACAGUGUGUAAUGGACAGAACACAAGAUGGUGAGCCUGGCUAUGUUGUUACCUGCUGUACAGUGUGUAAUGGAUGAACUCAAAAUGGUUAACCAGGCUAUGUUGAGACUUAUUGUACAGUGUUAUAGGCACAGGAUUGUGACAGAAAGAUGUGGUGCUUGUUAUUCCAGCCUCAACCAUUUUACUAGAAUUUUGAUUCAAAUGUAUUGAUCAAUUCUCAUGUAUUAUCAUUUGAUUACUGCACACAUUUGCAAUAAGUGCAUCUGCAUGCAAUAGGUAGACACUGUUCCAGUAAACAAUGUGAAUAAAGAUAUUGGAUAAAAAUGGUCAUAAAAGUUCAUACAUUUAAUCAUAAAUUCCCCUGGUAUGCAUUACUUUGUACUUAUAGGGUGAGAUUAUGUGGUGGUGGUGUUGUGUCCGUUGUUCAUUCAUCACCUGUUGUCAGCCCCUCGUGGGGGCUGAGGAGCCCAGUAAUAGGGGAGUCAGAUUAGCUGAUUUGCUUUAAAGGACAUUUUCUUCCCAAACUAAUGAGCAGAACUGAAAUUGAACCAAAUCUUACUGCUAUCAUCGUGAGGUCACAGGAACCAAAUUUAUACAAAUACAGGGGCUAAGGAGAUUGGUCAAAUAGGCAGAUUUGCUUUAAAUGACAUCUUCAAACUAUAGGGCAGAUUUGCCAGAUUUCAACCAAGUGAUAGCAUGCUUAGCCCAUGGGGAUCAAAGGUUACACAAAUAUAACCCUCCUGGGGGCUGAAGUGCUAGGUAAAAAGAUGUCAAAUUGGCAGAUUUGCUUUAAAUGACAUCUUCCAAACUACUAAGCAGAAUUCAACCAAAUUUUGGUUCUAGCAUCCCAAGGCUUUGUGGAUAAAAAUUAAUAUGAACGAAAGGGUUGACCAUUUCUCGGCACUGAGGAGCAGGGUCCAAGGUGUCAUAUUGGCCCAGGGGGGACUACAUGUUUGCACUCCAUCCGUCCUUCCGUCUGAUCUGGUGUACAAGGACAUCUUGGGAUGGCAAAGUCCAAGAAGUAGGUCACUAUGGCCUCACUGUAUGCUUCCUGACAUAAGUGACACCUGUAGAAAUCAUUACAGGUGUGUGUGGGGGGGGACUAUGGAUUUUCUUAUUUUAAAUGCCAUCUACUUCCAAGCUACAUUGCAGAUAAGUGGUUGAACCUUCAGGCCCAAGUUGCUCAACUGUUGAUAGACUUUUAACCAGAGGUCUAACCACUCUUUGAGCAACUGGGGCCAGGUUGCCGCGGGGCAGAAUAAAAGGGUUCAAACUUGCUCAUUUACUAAAACAUAUACAUGUACUAAUACUGCAUACUAAAAUUCAUACUGUACUAUGGCUGUGAUGUAUUUUUUCAAUGAUAAGGUUUACUUCUGAACUAAGAAUCCUCUCCAUACUCAACAAUUCUGCCGAAAUUGUACACGAAUACAAAUAUUUCCUGAUGCAGUUUUUAGCAGAAUUGAACAAAUUAUAACACAAAAAUAUGAACACUUCAAAUCUGAAUCAAUAUAAAUGUAUAUCCAUGAAUCUUGAAAAGUUGUUCAUAAUGUUUAGGUAGCUACUGGUUUAUUAUCAUUUGGCGCGUACCAUAACCUCAUAAGCAUUUCCUACCUGAUGAGCUAAAAUUGUGAAGAUGAACCUGGUAGUAGUACCCUACUGUAUAUGUACCUUUACAUAAAUGAUUCAAUAAAAAAAUACAAAAGGUAUCGGUAUUCAAUAAUUUAUUACAUAAUUUACGGGCUAUAAAACAUUGGCAGUCAAGAACUUAUCUAAAGAAUGUGUUAUACAUGAAUACAGAGGACUGUUAUAAUGUUCAGUAUACAGGUAGCUUCAUAACUGGAAAACAGAACAAAUUAUUUCAAACUUCAUGACAUAUUUCACACUUCAUGAAAUGUAAAAGUCCAUAAAAGCAAAUAUUAUUUUCAGACAAUACCUUAAAUUCUUAGCCAAAAAUGUUUUGUUCACUUUCAAUAAAUUUGUGAAACAUGCCAAGAACAAGGACUGGUGACAUAUAUCUGUCAACAUAUAUAAUGGACAGACAUCCAACAACUAGGCUCUGAGGUAAAUAAUGUGCUUCCAUAUCACUCCUGCUUUUAAUUUAGCAGAGAACAUUAUCACUUCAACAAUCAAACUGAAUUGUUUCUCUGACAUGAUAUUAGAUUACAAGUCAGAA